AUGACGAAGACGGCUCCGCGUGCAUGGAAGCCGUGCUCAGGUUGUGGUACAUUCGAGUGGAACGACGUUCUCACCACUCGUCGGUGUGUCUGCAGCCGAUGGAAUCGAACCGUCAAGCUCUACAAGCCCAAGGGGAAAAAGGACGGCGACGACUCCACAGACCAGGGUGCCAACCAGCUCAGGCUCGCCCUCACCGACUCUGGUAAGGGGCAGGGCAAGGGAUAUGGUGGCGGCAAGGGUUCAGAUGGGGACGCCUCGUCCGAAGUCAAGACGCGGCUACUGCGCAUCAUCAAUUCCACCAAAGACAUGGGGUUGAAGGCCCAGUUGCUCGCGGAGCUCGAGGCCGCAGAUCGCCCAGGGCCUGCUGUCCAGGUGCAGACUCCAGAGGAGACUCUGCGAAGGGCAGCAGGCGAGUGGAAGAACGCCAAUAUGAGGCAUGACCAGGCAGUCGCGCAGGUGAUCAAGUGUAGGAGCGCCCUCGCGAAGGCGGAGGAGAAGGAGAUGCAGAUGGCGAAGGAGCUUGCAGCCGCCGAGCUAAGCAAGAAGGUAGCAGUUCGAGCUUUGGCAGUGGCCGCAGGCGUCUCUCAGGAGGCACAGCCUGGGGCAGCGGGGCCUGGCAAGGACGGCACUCCUUCAUGGACGCUCACAUGGGACGAAGCGUUCUUCAGCAAGCUUGAGGAGUACGAGUGCGAGCCACAAGAACGUGAGGAGCUUCGCAAACUUGAGGGUGAGUUACGUUCGGCCAGGGAGUCCAUCACGUCGAAGGGCUCGCAGGUCGAGGAGGGGAAGCAGAAGAUGGCCGCGAUGCAGCAGGAGAUCACCAUGCGAAUGGCCAAGAAGAGGCGAGCUGAGCAAGGUGGUGCUGUCGCAGGCGGCGGCGGCAGCGCUCAGCCUAGCGGUGGCACGGCCAGCGGGCCCACGGGCGGGCCUGCGCCCGCAGAGGCCCCCAAGGUCGUGCCGACAGAGGACGAGAUCGAGAAGGAGGCGCAGCGGCUCUCAGCGGCCAAGUUCGAGGCAGCCCAGCAGGCGGCGCAGCUCGUCCCUGCCGAGCUGCACGAGGCCGAAGAGCAGCAGGGGGCAGCCGGCGCCGCUGGCGAGGACGUCGAGCGCUACGGCGAGAACGGCGGCGACGGCGGCGCGGGCACGGCUGGAGCGGGCAGGGCAGAAGAAGGCGGACGGCUCCAGCAAAUGAUGGGGAUCACCAGCUUGCACAUCAAGCAGUAG